AUGUCUGCAUUUCCUACGUUCGAUCCCUCUCGCCUCACGAAGAAGUCUGCCGCCGCGCAAUACUCGUCUGAUUCUGAAGAAGACAAUGACGACGAGUUCACCACUCCGAUUGUCGAUCCCGCCGCUGAAGAUGACUUCCACAACUCGAAUCCACGGAAGCGCCGUCGCGUCGGCGAGUCCAAGGACCGCGCAGCUUUGGGUAUCUUUGCCUCUGACAGCGAGGAUGACGGCCCAGGCAAGCGCUGGAAGAAGAAGACGCUUCGCGGAAAAGGCAUGAGUUUCGUAUCUACAGGGACAAUGGCCAACGCCCAAGACGAAAAAGAAUACUCGGACGACAGCGACCGAAACGGACCACCAGCAGCCGAGGAGGAUGACGAGGAAGACGACGAGGAAGAGGAAGAGGCCGCUGGGGUUGGCCUGGGACUUCGGUCAGCAACGUCUGGCGGGCUCGGCUUCGCACCGGCGACUAAAGACGAAGAUACAGAGAUGCAAGGCCAAGAUGAAGCCCCAUACAAGCCUUCCUUCGUGAAAACAAAGUUUGACGGACGCAACCCACUGGGCCGUGGCUUCGUACCAUCGUCAGCGCGACAACCUGUGUUAACGAACUUCGAAGAUGAUGAGAAGCCGACGAAACCGACCAUUGCACGGCCAAGCGCUUUUGCGCCGUCUCGAGACGGCAAGGGCAGCACAAGCAAGCCGAACCCCAAAUCUUUCGGAGCGCGCAUGAUGGCCAAGAUGGGCUACGUCGAGGGUACCGGUCUUGGUAAAGAGAGCCAGGGACGAAACGUCAUUAUUGAAGCCAACCUUCGACCUCAAGGUGUCGGUCUUGGUGCGGUCAAGGAAAAAUCCGUGUCUGAACGGCGUGAAGAGAAGCGGCAGGCCGAGCUGCGCGGCGAGGUCGUCGUCGACUCGGACGAAGAAGAGAAGAAGAAGAAGCGCGAGAGGAAGAAGAGGCUGGGCGCCAGUGGUAUCAGCAGUGGUACCAGUACUCCUCGACGACAGAAGACGGCAUUCAUGACGGCAGAGGAGAUCAAGAGGGCGGCGCCUGGUCUACACAUUCCUGAUGCUUUUGCGCCCAUUCUCGACAUGACAGGUCCAGGCAAUAAACUGCUGACAUCGACAUCGGGAUUGUUAACACCCACAUCUGCUGCCGCGCCUGAGUCGGCUGAAGCGAUAGAAGCACGCAAGAUAGUCAGGCGAGCGCAUGCCGACUUGGCGGCUUUCUCGGAGGAGUGGCGGAGUCUCGAGGAGCGGAAGAGCUGGGUCGAGCUAGAGCUGCGACAGCACGAACAGGAGACGGCAGACUUGGCCGCUGACCUGGAAAGAAUGGGUGUGUUUGCCGGCAUCGUCACUAACGAGCUGCCGGCGGCCACCGAGUGGCAAGACAAGAUCCGAUGUCUUCAAAAGGCCAUUGAUGCCGUUGGCCCUCCCAGUGGCGAGGUCACGGAUAUCGCCGUCGCGGCGAUCCACCCAUUCUUCCGCGACCCAGACUGGAUUCUGCUAGAAGAGCCGAAACGCUUUGCUACCGAACUCAACGAUAUGCGUGGCCUUCUGACCAAGUCUGCAACCAACGAGAAGAGCAUUGAUAAGAUGAACACCACGGCGAACGGGCUCAACGACACGGACCUUUAUCGCCAACAUCACAAGGCGACAACACCCUACGAGACUAUGAUGUACAAGCUUUGGUACCCCAAGGCCAGGGGGGGCAUCCGAGACUGGGACGUGUACGACCCUGUGCCCCUCCUAGCGGUGCUAGAGGCAUGGAACUCUCUACUGCCAGCUUUCGUGCGCGCUCAGUUCCUUCAGGACGUGGUGCGGAAGCUGGAGACAGCCGUCAGCGAAUGGAACCCGCGCAAGAAGCGCCAGAGCUACAAGCUCCCUCAUCUGUGGCUUUUCCCCUGGCUGCAGUACCUUCCGUCCUACCAUCUGGAUCCAAAGGGCACCGGCCUUGUGGCCGAUGUGCGGCGCAAAUUCAGGCAACUUGUUGACGUGUGGGAAUUUGACAGGGGCGUCGUGCCUGGUCUCACGCAGUGGCGCGACGUUCUGGGAAGUCAGUGGCAGCCGCUCAUCAUGUCACAUGUUUUGCCGAGCAUGGGGCGCUACCUGCGGGAGAAUUUCCGCGUCGAUCCUGGAGACCAAGAGCCUUACCUCCCCAUGCUCAUGGGGACGCUCAGGUGGUCCAGCGUGCUGGGAUCCAAGGUCCUGGCUGAAGUCAUCGUGGCCGAGGUGUUCCCGCUCUGGCACGACAAGCUUGGCGAGUGGCUUCAGCUGGAGGAGGUCAAUCUUGAGGAAGUGUACGCAUGCAACGACGCCACGUCGGGCGACUUUCUGAGGUCCAUUCUCCUCCUCUGGCGCAAUGGAGUGGCUUGCGUUCAGGAUAUCAACCCGGGUUGUGGGGUCUGCAGGAGUCACAUCCUGAAGCUCCAGUCUGAGAGCUGGCGGACAAACUUCCGAUUGUGGUUCGACAGAACUGUGGCGAAAGCCUGUGACACGCUACAUGCUAGGACUGCUGCUAUCAUGGAUCUCUGCAUCAGCUUAGUCCUGGCAGAUAGCGAUACGCUUUCUAGGCAAUCUAAAGGGUAUCAAUAG